AGAAAAAGCAGUGCAGGCAAUCAUGGCCUCGUUAUCUCAUAGCUUAGCGCUAGCGCUCCUCUUCAGCUUCCUCUCCUGCUACGCGCCCGUCCCUUCCCAGGCUUCCUCCGACGGCUUCCUCCAAUGCCUCUCGGCGGCCAUACCCAACGAGCUCCUGUACACGCAGAGCUCGCCGCUGUUCACGCCGGUCCUGGUUUCCUCCGUCCGGAACCCCCGGCUCUUCACCAACACCACGGUGAAGCCGCUCGUCAUCGUCACGCCGACGAACGCCUCCCACGUCCAGUCCGCCGUGGUAUGCGGGCGCCGGCACGACGUGCGCAUCCGCGUGCGCAGCGGCGGCCACGACUACGAGGGCCUCUCGUACCGCUCCGAGCGCCCCGAGGUGUUCGCCGUGGUCGACCUCAACAAGAUGCGGUCAGUGCGCGUUAAUCCGAGCGCGGGCACCGCGUCCAUCGACUCCGGCGCGACGCUCGGGGAGGUCUACUACGCGGUGUCCAAGGCGAGCACGCAGCUGGCCUUUGCCGCCGGCCUCUGCCCCACCAUCGGCGUCGGAGGCUUUCUCAGCGGGGGCGGGUUCGGCAUGCUGCUGCGCAAGUACGGCGCCGCCAUCGACAGCGUCCUUGACGCCACGCUUGUGGACGCCGAGGGGAGGCUCCUAGACAAGAAGGCCAUGGGGAGAGAUGUCUUCUGGGCCAUCCGAGGAGGCGGCGGCGAGAGCUUCGGCAUCGUGCUGUCCUGGAAGGUGAAGCUCGUGCCCGUCCCGCCCAAAGUCACCAUGUUCAAGCUCACAAAGACAGUCAACGAGAGCGUCGUAGACAUCCUCACCAAAUGGCAGGUAGUCGCGCCAGCUCUCCCCGAAGACCUCUUCAUACGGGUGGUCGUGCAGAAUGGCGCGGCCGAGUUCCAGUCCAUGUACCUCGGCACGUGCGACGCGCUCCUGCCAUUGAUGGGAAGCCGCUUCCCGGAGCUCGGCCUAAACCGGACGCACUGCAACGAGAUGACCUGGAUCCAGUCCGUGCCCUACAUCUACCUGGGCAGCACCGCCACCGUGGAGGACAUCCUCAACAGAACCACCUCGGACGGCUUCCGCAAGGCCACGUCCGACUAUGUCCGCCAGCCCAUCCCCAAGGACGGGUGGGUCAAGAUAUUCGACUUCCUCGCCAAGCCCAACUCCGGGAUCAUGAUCUCUGACCCCUACGGCGGGAAGAUCAGCAGCUUCCCCGAAUCGGCGACACCCUUCCCUCACCGCGCCGACGUGCUGUUCAACAUCCAGUACAUGAAUUUCUGGUCGGCUGCCACAGACGGUUCGGCGCAGAUCAAGUGGCUCAAAGACUUCUACACGUUCAUGACGCCAUACGUGAGCAGCAAUCCGAGGCAGGCGUACGUGAACUAUAGGGACCUUGACCUUGGCCAAAAUGUCGUCGUGGGCAACAUCACCAGCUACGAAUCUGCCAAGGUUUGGGGAGAGAAGUACUACAAGGAUAACUUCAAGAGGCUCGCGUUCGCCAAGGGCAAGGUUGAUCCCAACGACUACUUCAGAAACGAGCAGAGCAUCCCACCACUAGUGGCGAGAAAGUAG